GAUGUCUAUGACGCAGACCAGCAGGUGGCGGUAACGGUCGGUCGGUCGCAUUUCAGACCGUCGCCGACCUAUGACGUAGCAGAACUCCAAGAUGGCGUCUCAGUAUUUCGUGGAGAUGCAGGAGAGUUUCAAGAACAACAAUAAGAGCCGAGAGUUCCCGGCUCACACCGCCAAGGUCCACUCCGUGGCCUGGAGCUGCGACGGACGAAGACUCGCUUCCGGGUCCUUCGACAAAACCGCCAGUGUCUUCGUCCUGGAGAAAGACCGACUGGUGAAAGAGAAUAACUACAGAGGUCACAGUGACAGUGUGGAUCAGCUCUGCUGGCACCCCACCAACCCAGAUCUGUUUGUCACCGCGUCCGGAGACAAGACCAUCCGAAUAUGGGACGUCCGCACCACGAAGUGCAUCGCCACUGUCAUCACAAAAGGGGAGAACAUCAACAUCUGCUGGAGCCCGGACGGUCAGACCAUCGCGGUCGGUAAUAAAGACGACGUGGUGACCUUCAUCGACGCGAAGACGCACCGCUCCAAGGCCGAGGAGCAGUUCAAGUUCGAGGUGAACGAGAUCUCCUGGAACAACGACAACGACAUGUUCUUCCUCACAAACGGCAACGGCUGCAUCAACAUCCUGAGUUAUCCGGAGCUGAAGCCCAUCCAGUCCAUCAACGCUCACCCGUCAAACUGCAUCUGUAUCAAGUUCGACCCCACGGGGAAGUACUUUGCGACAGGAAGUGCGGACGCUCUGGUGUCACUGUGGGACGUGGAUGAACUGGUGUGUGUUCGCUGCUUCUCCAGGUUGGACUGGCCAGUGAGGACGCUGAGCUUCAGCCAUGAUGGGAAGAUGUUAGCCUCGGCCUCCGAGGAUCACUUCAUCGACAUUGCUGAGGUGGAAACAGGUGAGAAGCUGUGGGAGGUUCAGUGUGAUUCCCCGACCUUCACCGUCGCCUGGCAUCCCAAGAGGCCGCUGCUCGCCUACGCCUGCGACGACAAGGAGGGCAAAUAUGACAACAACAGGGAGGCGGGAACCGUCAAACUGUUCGGUCUGCCCAACGACUCCUGAGACAGCUCGUGUUCUGAUUAGUCAUCAGGUGUGAGAGGAGAAAGGAAGCAGAAUAAGAGCACAGAAACAUCCUGUCAGGCCUUACAUUUGUUUUGAGCUGCAAACUGCAGUUACCUUUUUCCACCAGCAGAUGGCGCACCUCUCCUUACUGAUAUCCAGUACACAGCUGAUUUCAUCCUCUGCUUUGACAGACUGAUACAAACCUCCCGGCGUUGUAUCAUAUUGUUUAUGUAACAUAUGCUUUGUUAUUUUGAUAUUAAAAUGUGUCAUUUUCUUAA